AUGGAUACAGCCGAAAAUGAAAAAGAUGACAUCCUUGCAAUAAAUGAGACACAUCAAACAACUAUUAAAAGCAAUAACCAAAAGUCAACUGUCUUAUACUAUCAAGCACAUAUUAAGAAUAAGGAAAUAUCAUUAAUAGUUGACUUGGAUUCUUCAGAAUGCAUUAUGUUCGCUGCAUUAAUGAAAGAACUUGGAAUGGAAUGUGAUGCAAAACAAUUGGCUGCCACUGUAUGUUUUCUGUAA